AUGGCAUCAACACAGUUUCCAAGCUUUCGAGCUGCUCCUGUACAAAGUGUUCAGGAGCUCAUCAAAGAGCCCAUCCCUGCAGUCCCACAGCCCUUUAUCCUGGAUGAUCCGCAGUCUCCAAUUCUCUCAGCCAGCACUCCCCUGCCACUACUUCCCACCAUUAACAUGAAACAUUUAAUCAUGAGUGAAACCGCAGAUUCUGAGCUAGAGAAGUUGCACUCAACUUGCAAAGAAUGGGGUUUCUUUCAGUUGGUGAACCAUGGAGUCAGCUCUUCACUUGUGGAGAAACUGAAAUCUGAGAUCGGAGAAUUUUACAAACUUCCCUUGGAAGAGAGAAUAAAAUACAAGAUGAGGCCCGGGGAUUUUGAAGGGUAUGGGCUUUCCCCGAUCCGGUCAGAAGAUCAAAAACUUGACUGGGGUGAUAGGUUUUAUAUGACAACCAACCCUAUACAUACAAGGAAGCCGUAUCUAUUACCAGAGCUCCCCCCAUCGCUAAGGGAUAGCUUGGAAUGCUACUUAGCGGAGCUGCAGAAACUGGCGAUGAUACUUCUAGGGUUUAUGGCCAAAGCUCUAAAGUUGGAGAAAGGAGAGAUGGAAGAGUUGUUUGAGGAUGGGAUGCAAUCAGUGAGGAUGACUUACUAUCCUCCAUGCCCACAACCAGAGCUGGUUAUGGGGCUUACGCCUCACUCUGAUGCUACCGGCAUCACUAUCCUUCUCCAGAUUAAUGGAGUGGAUGGUCUCCAAAUUAAAAAGGAUGGGGUUUGGAUUCCUGUGAGCUUCCUUCCAGAUGCACUUGUUGUGAAUAUAGGAGACAUUCUCGAGAUUCUGAGCAACGGGGUAUACACUAGCAUAGAGCACCGGGCAACAGUAAAUGCAGCAAAAGAGAGGAUCUCCAUUGCCAUGUUCUUCAACCCCAGGGAUAGCUUGGAAUGCUACUUAGCGGAGUUGCAGAAACUGGCGAUGAUGCUUCUAGGGUUUAUGGCCAAAGCUCUAAAGUUGGAGAAAGGAGAGAUGGAAGAGCUGUUUGAGGAUGGGAUGCAAUCAGUGAGGAUGACUUACUAUCCUCCAUGCCCACAACCAGAGCUGGUUAUGGGGCUUACGCCUCACUCUGAUGCAACCGGCAUCACCAUCCUUCUCCAAAUUAAUGCAGUGGAUGGUCUCCAAAUUAAAAAGGAUGGGAUUUGGAUUCCUGUGAGCUUCCUUCCAGAUGCAUUUGUUGUGAAUGUAGGAGACAUUCUCGAGAUUCUGAGCAACGGGGUAUACACUAGCAUAGAGCACCGGGCAACAGUAAAUGCAUCAAAAGAGAGGAUCUCCAUUGCCAUGUUCUUCAACCCCAAAUCCUCAUUGCACUCAACUUGCAAAGAAUGGGGUUUCUUUCAGUUGGUGAACCAUGGAGUCAGCUCUUCACUUGUGGAGAAACUGAAAUCGGAGAUCGGAGGAUUUUACAAACUUCCCUUGGAAGAGAGAAUGAAAUACAAGAUGAGGCCCGGUGAUGUUGAAGGGUACGGGCAUCUUCCAAUCCGGUCAGAAGAUCAAAAACUUGACUGGGGUGAUAGGUUUUAUAUGACAACCAACCCUAUACAUACAAGGAAGCCGUAUCUAUUACCAGAACUCCCUUCAUCGCUAAGGGAUAGCUUGGAACGUUACUUAGCGGAGUUGCAGAAACUAGCGAUGAUGCUUCUAGGGUUUAUGGCCAAAGCUCUAAAGUUGGAGAAACGAGAGAUGGAAGAGUUGUUUGAGGAUGGGAUGCAAUCAGUGAGAAUGACUUACUAUCCUCCCUGCCCACAACCAGAGCUGGUUAUGGGGCUUACGCCUCACUCUGAUGCAUCCGGCAUCACCAUCCUUCUCCAAAUUAAUGGAGUGGAUGGUCUCCAAAUUAAAAAGGAUGGGGUUUGGAUUCCUGUGAGCUUCCUUCCAGAUGCUCUUGUUGUGAAUGUAGGAGACGUUCUCGAGAUUCUGAGCAACGGAGUAUAACCAGCAUAGAGCACCGGGC